CCCCCCUCCCACCUCCCUCGUACUCUCUCUCGCCGCUACCCUUCUGCUCUUGGGGUCUCUUCCUCUCCCUUCUUCUCCACCCUUCUCCUUUCUCGUCUUUUGGAAACACUCCAUUCAUGAAGCUUUGAGGCCUAGCAUAAAGAAUAUCCCUUUCUCUCUCCUUUCCGCUGUGUCUCCUCAUAGAAAACCCGGUUGGAAGCGUUUCAGCCAUGGAAUCCAGCUUCUCAGGUUUUGUGAUUGAUCCUGCAAAAUGCAGUGAGUUGAGUUUAGAAGAGAAGAGAGAGUUGGUGCAUGAAAUUUCAAAGUGGGCAGACAACGCACCUGAAAUUCUUCAGUCCUGGAGUCGUCGAGAGCUUCUUCAACUCAUCUGUGCUGAAAUGGGCAAGGAGAGGAAAUAUACUGGGGUCACAAAACCUAAAAUGAUCGAACAUCUGCUUAGGCUGGUUUCCCAGAAGAAUAGAAACAGGAUUGAUGUCAAAAAAAGCAUCUCAUCAGCCACACUGAACAACCCAAAUGGAUUAAACAAGAAGAGGAAAAGAGAACCAGCACUGCAGUUUGAAACUGAUACAAAUUAUGAUCCCUUGAGGAGAAAAGAAGAGCAAGUUGACACGUUGACCUGUCAAAAUCUUGCUUGUCGAGCCACUCUUAGCUUAGAAGAUGGAUACUGUAAGCGGUGUUCCUGCUGCAUCUGUCAUUGCUAUGAUGAGAACAAGGACCCUAGUCUAUGGUUGGUUUGCAAUUCUGAUCCUCCUUACCAGCGUAAUUCAUGUGGUAUGUCCUGCCACCUGAAAUGUGCUCUUAAGCAUGAGAGGGCUGGAAUUUUGAAGAAUGGGUGUUAUCCAAAGUUGGAUGGCAGUUUUUAUUGUGCUUUCUGUGGAAAAGUCAAUUGGCUCAUAGGAAGCUGGAGAAAACAACUAGUAAUUGCCAAUGAUGCUAGGAGAGUUGACAUGUUAUGUGAUCGAUUAUCUUUGAGCCACAAAAUGCUUAAAGGAACUGAGCGUUAUAAAGAUAUGCAAAAUAUUGUGAAUACAGCUGUAAAGAAACUCAAGAAAGAAGUUGGGCCUCUAGAUAAAGUUUCUGCAGUGAUGGCGAGGGGCAUUGUCAACCGGCUUAAUUGUGGUGCUGAGGUUCAGAAGCUAUGUGCUUCUGCAGUGGAAGCAGCAGAUUCCAUGUUUUCUAGCUCAACAGAUUACUUGGCUGAUACAGAAAUAAAAGCCCCAGGAUCAGUCAGCACACAUUCCCAGGCUUUCCAAAUCCAUUUUGAAGACAUCUCUCCAUUUUCUGUAGUUGUUUCCCUUCACUCCAAAGACAAUAUGUUUGAGGAAAAUAUUAUAGGCUGCACACUGUGGCAUCGAAAAUCUGAUGUCAUGGACUAUCCAGAAGAACCCACGUGCCUUAUCCUGAGGCCAGAGACAAAGAUCAUGAUAUCAGGACUUAGCCCCUCAACGGAAUAUUCUUUCAAGGUGUCUCCUUUCAGCAGCACAAAGGAAUUUGGAAAGUGGGAGGCCAAGUGUGCGACACAGAACCUUAAUGGGAACAGUGGCCAAUCCUCCACUCAUAACUCAGAGAGCACUUAUAUUCAUGAUGAUCUUAUUUCAGAUUUGAAAAAGGAACAGGACAUGGUUGAGCUGCCUGUGAUCAUUCAAGCACAUUCACAGAAGGGUUCAACAAACUCGAGUGAUAACAACCGGGCAUCAAAACUCCCUAAGUGCAACCACAGUAACCAUCCUAAGGUUCUCCCACCAGAGGGCACGAGUGACAACAAUGACAGGCAUCUGCAACCAUUUUCAGAGACUAUACCUUUUGUUAGCUCCAAUUCUAUUCCCUUGGAAAUGCCUUGCAAAUCCGACAGGCUUAACGGUACACCAGAUUCUGCCAACAAGGAAUCUGCAGAGAGGGUGUAUGAGUACUGUGUAAAGGUAAUCAGAUGGUUGGAAUGCGAGGGGUACAUGGAGAAGGAGUUCCGUGUGAAAUUCCUCACAUGGUUCAGUUUGAAAGCGACAGCUCAAGAAAGAAGGGUGGUCAGUGCAUUCAUAGAUGUUCUGAUAGAUGAACCUGCAAGUCUGGUUGCUCAGCUGGUUGAUGCUUUCAUGGAUGGUAUAUGUAGUAAGGAGAAGCCGGUCAUACGGAAAGGCUUCUGCACCAGGUUGUGGCAUUAAUCUUGGGGUCCUACAAGUACCUAUUUAUUUAGUUUACCUUUAGGAGCCCUACAGCAACUUAUCUUCGGAACUGGGAAAUGCAAUACUGCUGUGGAACUCCAUUAGAAUUUUAAAAUAAUGAUUUCAUUUUAUUAAAUUAUUGAUGAUCAUUUUGCCUUGUAAGGAGAAUCAUCUUACUGGAAAAAGGUUUCUGCGCUAGGCCACGUUGACUUAUGUUCUUCGGGAUCUUUUUCAUGUUUCACACUAAUUGCUGCCAGAUGUGGCUAUUUGAUCAUGUAUUGAAAUUCAGAUUUAAAUGUUGCGAUGCUGAUGUGGUGCCUUUUAAUGCUAAUCCAUGGAUCACCUACUCAAUCUUUUCAGA